AUGGCCGGCGGAGCAAAGAAACCAGUCAAUAUCUUUCGCCUUAAAGACCUCGGCGACCCUAAAGAGGUCUUUAACUGGCGAUUAUGGUUCGCAGUUAUCUCAUUUGGCCUGAUGGGCGCUGCCCGAGGUGUCGAUGAGGGUUUGAUCUCAGGCGCAUUCAACUCUAAGGACUUUCAACAUUACAUCAACUAUGACUCGUACAGCGAAGUGGAACAGACCAAUAUCAAAGGAAAUGUUACCGCAAUGGUUCAGAUUGGAUCUGUUGGAGGUGCUCUGUUUGCCUUUUUAGUUUGUGAUCGCAUCGGUCGUAUCUGGGCAACUCGCCAACUUUGUGUUAUUUGGAUCGUGGGAAUCGCAAUUUUCAUGGGUAACGGUGGCAACCUGAGUGCCGUCUAUGCUGGUCGCUUUAUUGCUGGACUCGGUGUGGGCCAAACAGUUGUCGUUGCUCCUGUAUAUCUUGCUGAAAUUGCUCCCGCCUCUAUCCGUGGCCUCUGUACCUGUGUCUUUACAGGCUUUGUCUAUCUGGGUAUUGUACUUGCAUAUUUCGCCAAUUACGGCUGCGAGCUCAAUCUCGGCGACGCAACUCACAACCGAUGGCUCGUCCCCACAAGUUUGCACAUUAUGUUUGCCGGCAUUAUCUUCCUCCUCUCCUUCCUCCAAUACGAAUCACCCCGAUAUCUGAUCAAACGUGGUAACCUCGAGAAGGCCAUCUCUAACCUCUCAAAAAUCCGCGGCCUAUCAACCGAUGACGAAUAUGUCAUGCGUGAGAUAUCCGGCAUCCAAACAACACAUGAAGCCGAGAUGGAAGCCACACUUGGGGCUGGCCCGAUCGGCGUGAUCAAGGAAACCUUCCUGGUCCCAUCGAACCUUUACCGAGUCUACCUUACCUUCAUGGCUCAACUUCUUUCACAGUGGUCCGGCGCCGGCAGUAUCACUGUCUAUGCCCCGGAUCUGUUCAAGUUGCUGGGAGUUACAGGCAAGAACGAGUCACUGCUGGUCACCGCUGUGUUUGGAAUCGUCAAAUUGGUGGCCGCAAUUCUCUGUGCUCUUUUCUUGGUUGACGUGAUUGGACGCAAGCGAGCCCUUCUUCUUGGUAUCACCCUGCAAGCAAUUUCCAUGAUCUAUAUCGCAGGCUUCUUGACUUCCGUUCCUGACAUGGGAGUCGUCGAUGGCUAUAAGGUACCAGAGGAUAAGAAAGGCGCUAGUGAGGGAGCUAUCGCAAUGAUCUACGUCUCUGGAUUUGGAUGGGCCUUGGGCUGGAAUUCGAUGCAGUAUCUUCUAACUGCAGAGCUGUUCCCUCUGCGCAUCCGUGCUCUUUGCACUUCUAUGGCCAUGACCCUCCACUUUGCCAAUCAAUACGGCAAUGCGCGAGCCGUUCCCAACAUGCUUCUCCCCGUGUCAAAAGGUGGAAUUGAUCCUAAGGGUACAUUCUGGUGCUUUGCUGCCAUUACCAUUAUCGGUGGCGCCUGGGUCUGGUUCAGUAUUCCGGAAACGGCAGGCCGUUCCCUGGAGAGUAUGGAUCGUCUCUUUGCUUUGCCGUGGUACAAAAUUGGUCGUUAUGGUAAUCGGGAUGCCGAUGAGCGUGAUCAGGUUGUGGAUGAGAAGAUGGAAGUCGCGGUGCAAUCGCACGGGAUGGCUCAACAUAUUGAGAGGCAGGAUAAAGAGGGCCGAGUUUAG